AUGCACCUGCUUAGCGUUCGACCAUACUCAGCAAAGACCUCCAACUCUCAUCAGGCAUGGAAGAGACCAUCGACCGCCAUCCUGGCUGCCGCGGCCACACUUGUCGUGGUUUACGGCGCCACGCAGUCCAACAGGGUAGAGGCCGAAGCCCCGCCGACCGACCCCCAACAACUCACAUUUGAGAAGUCGAAAAAGAGAAAGGGUGCAUCAAAAGAAGAGAUCCGGGACUUAAUCAGCUCGCAACAUCUGCAAGUCAAGCGAAGCUGGGAGAACCCGGGGGUGUAUGCUUGGGGUUCAAAUACUGGAAAAGUCGCGGCACCAGACUCGAACGAGACCUACAUCAAGACUCCGCGUAGGAUCCCCUACUUUGACGAUGUUUUACUCCGAGAUCUCAAGCUCGACAGGACUUUUGGCGCAGCAGUCCUGGAGAAUGGAGAUCUGGUUCAAUGGGGCAAGGCAUACUCGGAAGAUGUGGUGCAACCUACUGUCACACUGAAGGGCAAAGACCUCAAGUCUAUCGUCACAUCAAGAGAUCGGAUCAUAGGGCUCAGCAAAGAUGGCACAGUAUAUUCAAUUCCAGUAUCAAGAUCAGACCAAGAAAGCGGCCUCAAGCUGACUGAGAGCUCCUGGGUACCAUUCUCGAGCCCGACGGCCAAUAUCAGCUACAGAAAACUGUCGCCGAAAGGACUGGGGACGUUGGAGAAAGUCACGGCCAUCAGUGGCGGGCUGGAGCAUGUCCUGCUGCUCACCAAUUCUGGAAGGGUGUUCUCUGCUGCUUCUGGUUCCGAAGACUUUCCAAGCCGCGGUCAGUUGGGAGUUCCAGGGGUGACAUGGUUCACACGGCCUGAAGGCCCAUACGACAUGUGUCAUGAGAUUACCAAUCUCAGAGGCUUCGAGAUUCAGAAGCUAGCCUCUGGCGAUACGCAUUCGCUCGUACUCGAUAAAGAGGGCCGGGUGUUUGCAUUCGGCGACAAUUCAAACGGCCAGCUUGGCCUCGAUCAUAAUUCUGAGUCUCCAUACGUGGAUAGCCCGUCUUUGUUACCGAUCACCAAGUAUUACCAGGGUACAAACCAGCAGGCCAAAGUCACUGGCAUAUCGGCGGGUGGUCAGAACAGCUUCUACAGCAUCGACGCCACUCGCAUCCUGGGUCCUUCAGAAGAUCCAGCCGAAGUCAGAACUCUAGGUCGCACCAGCGCAGACAUAUGGGCUUGCGGUCGAGGUAUUCAGGGUACUCUAGGUAAUGGAAGAUGGACUCAUAUCCAAAAUGGGUUAACGAAGAUUCCCUCACUGAGUGGUCUCUUCGAGUACGACGAAAAGAAGAAGGUGGUCAUUCCCAUCAGGAUGGCCCAGAUGUCGGUUGGCUCGACGCACGUCUCCGCUGUGAUGGACAAUGUCACAUACCUUGACGCCAGCGAGAAAAGUUCUGAGAACGACACCAACUGGGGCGCCGAUGUGGUCUGGUGGGGUGGCAACGAAUACUAUCAGCUUGGAACGGGAAAGAGAAACAAUGUCAACACACCACAGUAUAUUCGGCCACUUGAUAUGGCGGCUGAGAUCGAGGUCGGCAGGAAAGAGGAGCACAGAUUCCACUUGACACCCCAGCAUACGGUCAACGUAAAGGGGCGGAAGGUCAAGAUGGAGCAGCGUGUCGAAUGUGGCAGGAACGUCACUGCGGUUUACUCUGCUGUGUGA